GACUGACAGACUCAAGGAGCAUUCUAAAUCCUUCACAGUUUAUCCACAUACACUAAAUAGACCUGUUACAAUUUGAACAGUGGUACUCACACAGAAAAACAGUGAAGCUGUGGGUUACCCAUGGUCUCUUCAGGUAAAAGAGUGUGUUAAUAGUUUUAAACUAUUAUUAUGGUGCCCAUAGCCUUCAUCAGUAGUUUUGAUAACAGCAUGCAAUUUAAUGUUAAUCUGUGUAGAAAAACAUAAGGCCCAUACAAUGGGGAAAUGUAAUCAAAGAGGGUUAAUUUGUUCAACAGUCCGCAAAUAGAGAUUAAUGAUGACACCAACAGAAUAUUGCAUUCCAUUAAUGUAUUUCAAAAUUACGAAAAGGUGCAACAUGUUUUUUUUUAAUAGCUUUCUGAUAUUAAACACACUUUUAGGUGAGCAUGGGGUAUCAUUAAAGCAAAUUGGUCUAGACUAAAGUAAAAAAGAGUGGGUUGGGUUGUAAAUAAAACAUCAACAGAGCAUGCCGACAGAUAACUGGGGGUUCUGGGCAAGGCCCAAAUUCAGCAGACACUGGCAAUUAUUGCGCACAAACAGCCCAAGCGCUGAGGACUAACAAUUCUGUAGACCUAUAGGCUACAGACAUAGCAAUGCUACUAACAUGUUCCUUAUGUUUUGGAUUAAUUACAUGUUCAAUAACCUAGGAGUGACUUGUCCAAGACUGAAUGUCAAACUUUAGGGUCUUGCGACAAAAUUAUGCCCUCGGUUGUAAACAGCCCUCCGCGCCGUCGGAUGGUAGUGUACACACUUGACCGCUGUCUCUGUACGUGCUAGAAUGUUUAUGGUGAGUGUAACGCUGUAAACAUCCGUUGCGUAUGCGCCAAUCGGAACCUUGUUGUUUCUUUUAUUUCUGUUCCUUACCCAUUUGUCAUUUAACAGAUCAAAGUAGAAAUAUAUAUUUUUAAAAAUCAUCCCCGUAGAACAUACGCUGCUAUCUUAUUGGGUAACACAGUAGCCAGACGGUAUCCACUAUAAAAAAAAAAAACCCUACUGUAGCAGUGUAAAAUCUCAGACAGCAAAUGUCAGAGGUGAACUUUUGCACUCUACGAAUGUCAGCAAGCCUAUGUAGACCACCCUAAAGUUGGGAAUAUGAUCGGUCGUGUUGGACACAGACAGCACAACUAAAUUGUCGCUGCGUUUUGUGCACAAAUAUUUUACCGCAUUGCAUAACAGUUUGGACCACAAGCAGACCAAACAUCAGCGCGACGAUGUUGUUUCGAUUCGGCGUUAUUUUAACUCCCGAGCGUACCGACAUUGAAGUGUUGAUGGUGGGUUCGCGAGAGGAGAUGGGACACUGGGACCCCAGCAAAGCCGUGAUAAUGACGCCCGCGCGCAUAGUGCUCUCCACGCGCGAGCCUUUCCUUUGGGUCUGUGAGGUGCAGCUCAAACAGCCGUUCUUAGAGAACUUCUGGUACAAGUUUGUCAAACGGGUCAAAGGCGGAGAACUCAUCUGGGAAGGUAACGGUUCCCAUCAUGACCGUUGUUGUGUGUAUGAGGAGAGGAACGUGGUGGAGGGGGUCCACUGCAACCCGAUUGGCCACUGGAUCGAACAGAGCGGUCACACAGACGAGAUGAAACACACCACCGACUUCUACUUUGGCAUCGCUGGGGAACAGGCCAUGCACUACUCACAAAUCAUGCCGCGUGUGUGGUUGGGCAGUUGCCCCCGGCGGGUGGAGCACGUGACCAUGAAGCUGAAGCGGGAGCUGUGCGUAACCGCGGUGAUGAACUUCCAGACUGAGUGGGACGUCAUCAACAACUCACAUGGCUGUCGCCGUGACAACGCGGAGCCCAUGACUCCAGAGACCAUGACACAACUCUACAGCGACUGUGACAUGUCUUAUGUCUGGAUUCCAACGCCCGAUAUGAGUACUGAAGGCCGUGUGCGUAUGCUGCCUCAGGCGGUCUUCCUGCUGCAGGGGCUGCUGGGAAAUGGGCACACGGUGUACGUGCACUGUAACGCGGGCGUGGGCCGCUCCACAGCGGCCGUGUGCGGGCUGCUGAUGUACGUGCUGGGCUGGAGCGUCCGGCGGGCACAGUACCACCUGUGUGCCCGGCGCCCGGCGGUCUACAUCGACGAGGAGGCCCUGCUGCGGGCGCAGGGAGACUACUACAGGAAGUUCGGCCGUGCGCAGAGCUCACCGUGCCUAGUGGAGGAGUAACAUACUUACGCACACACACACACACACACACACACACACACAGAGACUACCACCGGAAGGUCAGCUAAACGCAGAGCUCACCGUGCCUGGUGGAGGAGUGAGGAGUUGGACACACACAUAAUAACAAACACAUACCCCCCUCCUCUCUCUCUCUCUCUCUCUCUCUCUAUGUCUCUCUCUCUCUCUCUCUCUCUCUCUCUCACACACACACACACACACACAUACACACAGUUUCGCAGUACUAUUAGCGCCUUCACUGUGUUUGGUGGAGUGAAGGAGCAUACACACACAAAGCCAGACAAGACACUCAUACAGACUCAUACAGACUCAAUAUACUCUCUCUCUCACACACACUUUCUCUAUCGCUCAUGCACACACAAACACAUACUCUCCCUCUCUCUCUGUCUCUCUCACACACACACACACACACACACACACACACACACACACACACACACUCACACACACUCACUCACACAAGGCACAGCUCCAGGUGGGUAAUAAGGGGAAGGACUUUUCUUAUCAUAAGUUUAGGGCUAAUCAUCUUCAGCUAGCGAUCAUUGGUUAUGCCAAGUCAAAUAAAGUUGAACUGAUUUGAAUUGGA